GAGGCAUGGCUGCCGGAAGGUUGCUCCUCUACGCCGGCCUCUCCUUAGCCUUGUGCGCCCUGGGCAUGCUGGCCGUGGCCAUCUGCUCGGACCACUGGUACGAGACGGACGCCCGCAAGCACCGGGAGCGGUGCAAAAGCCUCACCACCCGGAGGAAUGACCCCGGCUUCAUUUACAACUCCAACAACAACCUGCCCCUCAGGGCCAGCAGGUCAAGGCUGGACCGCUGGGAAGGGAAGCUGCUCUUGGCCAGGAACCGCAGGCAGCUCUUUGCCAUGAGCGCCGUGGACGAGUGCAACCGGCAGUACAACUCCACCAACAUGGGCCUGUGGCGCAAGUGCCACCGGAUGGGCUUCGACCAAGACAUAGAAGAGCUCAUCGCUAAAGGAGUGAUUGACCAGUGUUCGUACAUCAAGUACCACUACUCCUCAGCAACAAUUCCCAAGAAUCUUACCUACAAUAUUACUAAGACAAUCCGUCAGGAUGAAUGGCAUGCCUUGCACCUGCGCAGAAUGACAGCUGGUUUCAUGGGCAUGGCCGUAGCCAUCAUCCUCUUUGGAUGGAUUAUCGGGGUGCUGGGGUGCUGCUGGGAUCGAGGCCUUAUGCAGUAUGUGGCAGGACUUCUCUUCCUCAUGGGAGGAACCUUCUGCAUCAUUUCACUGUGCACAUGCGUGGCUGGAAUCAACUUUGAGCUCUCCCGAUACCCACGGUACCUGUACGGACUUCCUGACGACAUCAGCCACGGCUAUGGAUGGUCAAUGUUUUGUGCCUGGGGGGGCCUGGGUCUCACUUUGAUCUCUGGCUUCUUCUGCACCUUGGCCCCCUCUGUGCAACCUGUCCCCAGGACCAACUGCCCUAAAACCAGACCUGAGAAUGGGACAGUGUGCUAAAACAAACACAAACAAACCUAUAAAUAUACAUAUUAUAAAUAUUAUAUAUAUAUAAAUACAUAAACAUAUAUUAUAUAUAGAUCUCAAACAGAUGCCAGUGCCAAGGUAGAGUGGAGUCUAAUAUGGCGCCUACAUCUUCUCUACAGACUUUGUAUUGCUCUUGCUCUUUCUUCUGGAGGUGGGAAUAGCUGCUCUGCAACAUCGCGCUUCCAUCUAGUUCUUUAAAAAAAAAAGUCUUCAGCAUCCCAGUUCAAAGUCCAGUGAACAUAUUGUUGCAUCUGUCUACUGCCAGUUGUCAGGGGUUGUGGUAGGGAUGGGGAGGGGGAAAUGGAUGUCUUGGGGUGUGUGUGAUACUACUGAGUCUGUACAGGAAGCUUGAAACAAAAGCGCAAUUUUGUCUGCUACAAAUUGGGGAAAUACAAACUGAAAAUAAACGAAAACAUUCAAGUUACCUCUCUGAAAUGUAACCUCCUGAAGGCCAUCUUCAGAAUCCCCCUUCCUGCACUCUCUCUUAUUUUAAAAAAACAAAACACAACAUACCACAAAUCUUGCCUGUUCUUUCUCUCUUUGUCUCUCUUGAAUUACCAACAAAAGGGAAUGAAAUAGAACAUUAAGAAAGGUUUCCCCUUCCAUUGCUAAACUUUAAGGGAGGGGAUCCAGAAUUCUACAGAAUAUAACUGCAAAUGAAGAUGCUUCAGUGGAUCCUGUUUUCAACUUCUGACUGCCUUACAUCCAGGCUGACCAAGGAGGCUGAACUGCUGACCGAAACCCAGGCGAGAGCCCCACCAAAAUGCUGUGAUACAUGUGUGUAUAACUCCCCCUUCCAUUCCCUUUUUUCUUUUUAAAAGGAAAUCAGUUCAAACAUUGAUGUGUGAUCAUCUACCAAACCAUUCUCACCAUGUUAGUGACUGAAGGCAUCAAGGCCUGUACAUUUAUGAAGGAAAGGGUCUGUUGUGAGAUGGCAAGUCUCAUAGGCCGGAUUUUGUUCUUCUCGUGUGUGUGUGUGUGUGCGUGUGUAUGUGUGUCACUAUGGAUCACCAGGAAUUGCUAUUAUUCUGUGCAGAAGGCAUUGUGGAUGGGAAAAGUGGCCUUUGUGGUCUGUUGCUCUUGCUUGAGUGACUGUGCAAGAGGUGUUUGGAGGGUUCUGUUGUUGUUGUCAUUGUUGUUGCUGCUAUUUAUUUAUUUAUUUUUGUUAAUUAUAGACAACAGAGUAAAAAGCCAUUGUAGAGGAGAGGAACUCAGGAUGAAGUGUUGCUAAUAAGGGAUAAAAAGCAGUGUCUCUAGUUAUGUCCAUGUUCACCAAAAAUAAGCUGCCUCAUAUUUGGUCAUCAAAAGCUGUCCUUUUUCACCAGGGAUCUCCUUGUGUUUGAGAGAAAAGGUCUCCUCCACAUAUGUAAAGCUGUAAGAGUUAGAGGCAAAGAAUGGAAAUCCAUUUUGCAUAAACUCAAAUCUUUUAUGACAUGAUUGUGACUAUAACUGAAGCACUCUCACUCUCCCUCCCUCCCUCCCUCCCUCCCUCCGUCUGUUUCUUCCCCUUUCCUUACUCAUUCUUCAUAAGCCUGCUGCUUAGAAAACAUAAAAAGCAAUAUGUCACCCCAAAAAAUAAAAAUAUGCCCUAUAGUCUGAAUAAUCCCUAUGUAGAUUGACAGACAGAGAAAAAGACAGAAAUGCUUAAUGCAGUCAGUAGUCAUGCACUCUGCACAAUACUGUCUUGUGGAGAAGGGCAUCAAAUAGUAUAACAAUGCUGGAUGGUUACAUGCAAGGAGGCACAUAUAUGAGGACUCAUUUUUAAUAUUCCAGUUCACAUAAAGUGCAAGGAACAAUAAUUAGAAAAUAAGCCCCAUUAUUUAAAAAAAAUAACAAAGGCAGAUGACAUAGCAACAUGUCUUUUCCAAACAUUUGGUACCAAUAGCAACUUAGUGGUCAUGUCACCUUUCCCAGACCUCUCUGAACCUGCUGAUAAAUCGCAUAAUACUCAGUUUGUGGUGCUUUCAAUUUCAGGAUUGAUAUGGAAGAAUUUUAAUUUUCUCCUCUCACAUUAAAAACAUAGUUUGGAAAUCUAACAAAAUCUAUUUUUUUAAAAAAACACUUAAAAAAAAUAAGAAAUUGCUGUCCCACCCAAUUGAAGGAUUAUCCCUCACUCUCAAGCUGUCCCUUCACUAGUUUGUGCCAAUCCAAAUCUUGCUCAGCCAUGAUGACAAAUAUAAAGGUUACUAGAAAACUGGUCACAAAAGAGGGAGGAAGGGAGUAAUUGAACCCACUGCUUAAUUAAUUUUAGGAUGCAUAAAUCGAACUGUCACCGAUGCCUCAGUUCUUUCACUUCUUGUAAAUCAUCACAGGAGCCUUAUUCAUCUUCAUGCAGAGACUAUCAAAGGCAUAGUAUUGUUUUUUUAAAAAAAACAUGGCCAUUUAACAAAUACAAACAAAAAUCCAUCAGUGAUACCUUUA